AUGCCGCUCAUGCCCAGGAGCCACGCUUUGUCCCAUGCCAUGAUUGCGAUAUCGGCCUUUCAUUACUCUCACCGACUGGUCAUCAACCAGAUGCACGUUCCUUGUGCGGAAAGUAGCCUUCUUGAUGUUGACAAUACUUCACUAUGGCAUCUGUCACAGGGACAUGACUGGCAAUUAAGCCAACCAAACUUUUCACCCUCGCUGCGAACGGCCCUGGCGCAUAAGCAAAAGGCCCUGCACUAUCUAAAGUCAGAGAUACAAGAUGACAACGUCACAAACAAUGAUGCCGCGGUAGCAGCCAUAGUCCUCUUUGUCUGUAUGGAUGUGGUAGAGUUCGGUAGUCGGGGGUGGGAACAUCAUCUCGGAGGUGCUGGUGAAAUCCUCCAGGAACGGAGAGCCUAUCUCCAGAAUCACAAUCUCGGAUAUAACCAUUGGCUGGAGUAUUUCGACACAGCAUACACGACAUUUGGGAUCAUGGGCGCAACACUAGCACCGGCAAAGGGCCCUUUCUCACGUCAAAUAGCGUCCCUAGAUCCGUCUCUCCUGAGGACCUUGCGACAGUCCGAAGACCAGACUUGGGUCGGCUGUCCUGCAGAGUUGCUGUAUCUAGUUUCGGUCAUCAACUCUUUGCGGUCACCCUCGCCGACCAGUCCUGGGGCGGAGCAACUUAAAGCCAUAGAGUCGUGUCAAAGUCUCGAGAAUUUCUCGCCAUCAGCUUGGGCAAAGGAUUUCCCAGACCCUGAACACCACAUGUCGCGCUUGCACCUUGCACAUGCCUACAAGGCGGCAGUCGAAGUUUCCCCUACCAUUUACAAAAUCACCUUGAGACUCUUCAUCAACAGACCUGUGUACACCAGCAACGCAACUCUCUUUAGCAUGCCAGUCCCACAUCCCCUCUGUCCCCUCUCGGGUGCGGAGAUUCAAGCCGCGGCACAGUUGAUCCAAACUGCUUGGCCAGAAUCUGUUUCUCUUCGAUUCAAGGUGGUGACUCUCAGUGAGCCCGCUAAAGGAGAAUUGGUGCCUUAUCUGGCCGCAAAGGACAAGGGACUGUCCGCUACUCCUCUUGACCGCAGGGCGUUCCUUGCGUACUACAUUCGGGGAACGGACCUCUUCCACGAAGCGAUAGUCAAUUUGACAAGUGGAAAUGUUGAGAGCAACCUCAAGCUCGGGGCCAAUGUUCACGGUAACGUUGACUACAAUGAGGCUCAGUUGGUUGAGAAGAUCGCUCUCGAGGACCCCAAAGUCCUUGCUGAGGUCAAGAAGCUCGAGCUUCCUGAAGGCACAGUCGUCUGCGCCGACCCUUGGAUCUACGGGUCUGAUGGUGUGAACGAUGAUGCACGUCUGUAUCAAGUGUUUCUCUACAUGAGAGACCCAAACAACUCAUCCGAGCCCGACUCCAAUCAUUAUGCUUUUCCCUUACCAAUUUUGCCUGUGGUAGAGUGCAACGAGUACAAGAUUAUCCGCAUUGACAUUCUCCCAACUGGCGCGGACAACACAAUCAAGCCUUUGAGUCCGUACAAGCCCAAGCCAGCAAACGAGUAUAUUCCGGAAGCCCAAACCCUCCGAAAGGACCUGAAGCCUCUCCAGAUUGUCCAGCCCGAGGGGCCAAGCUUCACCGUCACGCCUGUUGGAGAAACAGGGAACGUGCUCGAGUGGCAGAAGUGGACUUUCUUUAUCGGUUUCAAUCAGCGCGAAGGAAUGGUGCUAUACAAUGUCAAGUAUGAUGGCCGUCCGCUAUUCUACAGAUUAUCACUCUCAGAGAUGAGUGUGCCGUACGGGGACCCGCGCCAUCCCUUCCACAAGAAAGCUGCCUUCGACUUGGGUGAUGCUGGUGCUGGAGCCACUGCCAACAACCUGCAGUUAGGCUGUGACUGUCUGGGAAGCAUUCAAUAUCUCAGUGGCGUUAUCUCUGACGAUCGCGGUCAGCCUGAGUCCAGAGACAAUUGUAUCUGCAUCCACGAGCAAGAUGCAGGCAUUGGCUGGAAGCAUACCAACUACCGCACUGGACGUGCCGCGCUCGUGAGAUCUCGCGAGCUUGUGCUUCAGAGCAUCAUUACAGUCUCUAAUUACGAGUACAUCUUGAUGUUCCUGUUUAACCAAGCCGGCGAGGUUACUUACGAAGUUCGAGCCACUGGUAUCCUUUCAACACAACCCAUCGACCACGAGUUGGACAAGAUCGGCACGUCUUUUGGCACCGUUGUUCACCCCGGUGUCCUCGCGGGACACCAUCAGCACAUCUUCUCCCUGCGAGUCGACCCCAUGAUUGAUGGACAUACCAACCAGCUAGUAUACUCGGAAGCUCACAAGAUGCCGCGCGACCCCAGUUGGAACCCUCAUGGCACGGGCUACGAAGUCGUCGACAAGGUCGUGGACAAAACCUCGGGCCUGGAUCUUGACUUCGACGUCAACCGCACAUUCAAAAUCACCAACCCAAACUCCCUCAACCCCAUCAACGGAAAGCCGGUAGCUUACAAGAUCAUGGCUCCGCCUUUCCAGAAGCUCAUGAGCGACAAUGACAGCUUCAACUACAAGCGCGCUGAGUUUGCAGACCACAACAUCUACGUCACAACACACCGCGACAGGGAGCUUUACGCCGGCGGUUGGUAUACCAAUCAGUCUCGUGGAGGAACCGGUGUCAGGGGGUGGUCUGAGCGGAAUGAGAUAUUGACUGCGCAGUCUGACAUUGUGGUUUGGGUGCAGUUUGGUAUCAACCAUGUUCCGAGAAUUGAAGAUUUCCCAGUCAUGCCGGUUGAGAUUCUCAAGGUUCAUCUGAAGCCGGUCAACUUCUUUGACAAGAACCCGGCGUUGGACGUGCCUCCUAGUGAGCAGAGCUUCAACAAGAGCACUUUGGUAGAGUCCAGCAAAGAGGGGAAGAAGGAAAGCGACGGCUGCGGCUGUGAAGCCCCUGCUCCGCCGUCAAAGCUAUAG